AUUCAACCUUUUGUUACUAUACAUAAAUAGUAUUAUUUUAAUUUUAUGACUUCAGUGGCUUGUAUAAAGCUCCAGGUGUCCAGCCGCUAUCAAAUCAGUUCUAGGUUAACCAGAGCUCCGACUUAUCUCAGCUCGGAAUGAUAUUAAAUACCGUCGGUUUGUUGAUCCUGCUUGCCAGUCAGGCUUGGGGGCAGUCAAUAAAAAUAAGAAUACCUGUGUGGGAUGCUUCAACUAUAUUCACGCGAAUCACCGGACUUGGAAUCAACUUAGGAAACAAUAACAAUCCAAGCCCAUCGAAUAAUAACCAGCAGUAUAACGAAUACACUGAUUAUUUGAACGACUAUUAUAAUAACUAUUGGGCAAAUGCAUACCAGAAUCCAGGACAAUAUGAUCCAUAUGGAUAUGGAUACUUCGGACCAUAUGGCCCCUAUGACCCCAACGAAUUUCAAACUACAACAACACCUUUUCCAUUGACUACAACUGCUGAUGUGACAAUAUCAACUCAAGCUCCAACGACUAUACCAACAUCAACAAAUCCACCCAUAACUACAGAAACUGCGUCGACAACUGAAAGCCCGAUAACGUCUUCUGCGAUUCCCACAUCAACAACACCAGAUUCAUCCACAACAUCAACUACAAGUUCAACAACGGAGUCCGCAUCGACAACUGAAAGCCCAAUAACGUCUACUGCGACUCCCACAUCAACAACACCAGAUUCAUCCACAACAUCCACAACAUCGACAACUGAAAGCCCGAUAACGUCUACUGCAAUUCCCACAUCCACAACAACAGACUCAUCCACAUCAUCCACUACAAGUUCAACAACGGAGUCCGCAUCGACAACUGAAAGCCCAAUAACAUCUACUGCCAUUUCCACAUCCACAACAUCCACUACAAGUUCAACAACAGAAUCUUCAACUACAACUGAAAGUCCGAUAACGUCUACUGCAAUUCCCACAUCCACAACAACAGACUCAUCCACAUCAUCCACUACAAGUUCAACAACGGAGUCCGCAUCCACAACUGAAAGCCCGAUAACGUCUACUGCGAUUCCCACAUCCACAACAUCCACUACAAGUUCAACAACAGAAUCUUCAACUACAACUGAAAGCCCGAUAACGUCUACUGCAAUUCCCACAUCCACAACAACAGACUCAUCCACAUCAUCCACUACAAGUUCAACAACGGAGUCCGCAUCCACAACUGAAAGCCCAAUAACGUCUACUGCGAUUCCCACAUCAACAACACCAGAUUCAUCCACAACAUCGACAACUGAAAGCCCGAUAACGUCUACUGCAAUUCCCACUUCAACAACACCAGAUUCAACCACAACAUCAACUACAAGUUCAACAACGGAGUCCGCAUCGACAACUGAAAGCCCAAUAACAUCUACUGCCAUUCCCACAUCCACAACAUCCACUACAAGUUCAACAACAGAAUCUUCAACUACAACUGAAAGCCCGAUAACGUCUACUGCAAUUCCCAUAUCCACAACAACAGACUCAUCCACAUCAUCCACUACAAGUUCAACAACGGAGUCCGCAUCCACAACUGAAAGCCCAAUAACGUCUACUGCGAUUCUCACAUCAACAACACCAGAUUCAUCCACAACAUUCACAACAUCGACUACUGAAAGCCCGAUAACGUCUACUGCAAUUCCCACUUCAACAACACCAGAUUCAUCCACAACAUCAACUACAAGUUCAACAACGGAGUCCGCAUCGACAACUGAAAGCCCAAUAACAUCUACUGCCAUUCCAACAUCCACAACAUCCACUACAAGUUCAACAACAGAAUCUUCAACUACAAUUGAAAGCCCGAUAACGUCUACUGCAAUUCCCACGUCCACAACAACAGACUCAUCCACUACAAGUUCAACAACGGAGUCCGCAUCCACAACUGAAAGCCCGAUAACGUCUACUGCGAUUCCCGCAUCAACAACACCAGAUUCAUCCGCAACAUCGACAACUGAAAGUCCGAUAACGUCUACUGCAAUUCCCACAUCCACAACAACAGACUCAUCCACAUCAUCCACUACAAGUUCAACAACGGAGUCCGCAUCGACAACUGAAAGCCCAAUAACAUCUACUGCGAUUCCCACAUCCACAACAUCCACUACAAGUUCAACAACAGAAUCUUCAACUGCAACUGAAAGCCCGAUAACGUCUACUGCGAUUCCCACAUCAACAACACCAGAUUCUUCGACAACAUCCACUACAAGUUCAACAACGGAGUCCGCAUCGACAACUGAAAGCCCGAUAACGUCUACUGCAAUUCCCACAUCCACAACAACAGACUCAUCCACAUCAUCCUCUACAAGUUCAACAACGGAGUCCGCAUCGACAACUGAAAGCCCAAUAACAUCUACUGCGAUUCCCACAUCCACAACAUCCACUACAAGUUCAACAACAGAAUCUUCAACUACAACUGAAAGUCCGAUAACGUCUACUGCAAUUCCCACAUCCACAACAACAGACUCAUCCACAACAUCGACUUUAAGUUCAACAACAGAAUCUUCAACUACAGCUGAAAGCCCAAUAACGUCUACUGCGAUUCCCACAUCAACAACACCAGAUUCUUCGACAACAUCCACGACAAGUCCAACAACGGAAUCCGCAUCGACAACUGAAAGCCCAAUAACAUCUACUGCGAUUCCCACAUCCACAACAUCCACUACAAGAUCAACAACAGAAUCUUCAACUGCAACUGAAAGCCCGAUAACGUCUACUGCUAUUCCCACAUCCACAACGACAGACUCAUCCACAUCAUCCACUACAAGUUCAACAACGGAGUCCGCAUCGACAACUGAAAGCCCGAUAACGUCUACUGCGAUUCCCACAUCAACAACACCAGAUUCUUCCACAACAUCCACUACAAGUCCUACAACGGAAUCCACAUCAACAACUGAAAGCCCAAUAACAUCUACUGCAAUUCCCACAUCAACAACACCAGAUUCAUCCACAACAUCCACAACAUCGACAACUGAAAGCCUGAUAACGUCUACUGCAAUUCCCACUUCAACAACACCAGAUUCAUCCAGAACAUCAACUACAAGUUCAACAACGGAGUCCGCAUCGACAACUGAAAGCCCAAUAACAUCUACUGCCAUUCCAACAUCCACAACAUCCACUACAAGUUCAACAACAGAAUCUUCAACUACAAUUGAAAGCCCGAUAACGUCUACUGCAAUUCCCACGUCCACAACAACAGACUCAUCCACUACAAGUUCAACAACGGAGUCCGCAUCCACAACUGAAAGCCCGAUAACGUCUACUGCGAUUCCCGCAUCAACAACACCAGAUUCAUCCACAACAUCGACAACUGAAAGUCCGAUAACGUCUACUGCAAUUCCCACAUCCACAACAACAGACUCAUCCACAUCAUCCACUACAAGUUCAACAACGGAGUCCGCAUCGACAACUGAAAGCCCAAUAACAUCUACUGCGAUUUCCACAUCCACAACAUCCACUACAAGUUCAACAACAGAAUCUUCAACUACAACUGAAAGCCCGAUAACGUCUACUGCGAUUCCCACAUCGACAACGACUGACUCAUCCACAACAUCCACUACAAGCUCAACAACAGAAUCGUCAACUGCAACUGAAAGCCCGAUAACGUCUACUGCGAUUCCCACAUCGACAACACCAGAUUCUUCGACAACAUCCACUACAAGUUCAACAACGGAGUCCGCAUCGACAACUGAAAGCCCGAUAACGUCUACUGCAAUUCCCACAUCCACAACAACAGACUCAUCCACAUCAUCCUCUACAAGUUCAACAACGGAGUCCGCAUCGACAACUGAAAGCCCAAUAACAUCUACUGCGAUUCCCACAUCCACAACAUCCACUACAAGUUCAACAACAGAAUCUUCAACUACAACUGAAAGUCCGAUAACGUCUACUGCAAUUCCCACAUCCACAACAACAGACUCAUCCACAACAUCGGCUUUAAGUUCAACAACAGAAUCUUCAACUACAGCUGAAAGCCCAAUAACGUCUACUGCGAUUCCCACAUCAACAACAACAGACUCAUCCACAUCAUCCACUACAAGUUCAACAACGGAGUCCGCAUCGACAACUGAAAGCCCGAAAACGUCUACUGCGAUUCCCACAUCAACAACACCAGAUUCUUCGACAACAUCCACGACAAGUCCAACAACGGAAUCCGCAUCGACAACUGAAAGCCCAAUAACAUCUACUGCAAUUCCCACAUCCACAACAUCCACUACAAGUUCAACAACAGAAUCUUCAACUACAACUGAAAGCCCGAUAACGUCUACUGCGAUUCCCACAUCAACAACACCAGAUUCACCCACAACAUCCACUACAAGUCCAACAACGGAGUCCGCAUCGACAACUGAAAACCCGAUAACGUCUACUGCGAUUCCCACAUCAACAACACCAGAUUCUUCCACAACAUCCACUACAAGUCCAACAACGGAAUCCGCAUCGACAACUAAAAGCCCAAUAACAUCUACUGCGAUUCCCACAUCCACAACAUCCACUACAAGUUCAACAACAGAAUCUUCAACUACAACUGAAAGCCCGAUAACGUCUACUGCGAUUCCCACAUCAACAACACCAGAUUCACCCACAACAUCCACUACAAGUCCAACAACGGAGUCCGCAUCGACAACUGAAAACCCGAUAACGUCUACUGCGAUUCCCACAUCAACAACACCAGAUUCUUCCACAACAUCCACUACAAGUCCAACAACGGAAUCCGCAUCGACAACUAAAAGCCCAAUAACAUCUACUGCGAUUCCCACAUCCACAACAUCCACUACAAGUUCAACAACAGAAUCUUCCAAUGCAACUGAAAGUCCGAUAACGUCUACUGCAAUUCCCACAUCAACAACAACAGAUUCAUCCACAACAUCCACUACAAGUCCAACAACGGAGUCUGCAUCGACAACUGAAGGCCCAUCAACAUUAAUUUGCAUAACUUUCCCUGAACUUCCUAUUUGUCAGUCUGCCAAAGCAUUGAGCUUUGAAUUAAGUAAACCUGGGAUGUCUGAUAUUGCGGCAUCGGGCACUGUAUUUAAGCCAGAGCAACCACUGGCAAUAACUUCGAUGCCCCAAUCAGUGACUUCGCUCUGUUUCUUUUACCCUCGUCUGUGCCUGAAACCGGAGGAAGCCCAAUUUGUUCGUCUCACCGACAGAAAUGGAAAGCCCCUGUUGCUGAUAUCACCGGUUGAAGGACGAUCCGCUCAAUCUCAACAGCAACCAGCUCUUUGGCGUGCUAUAAGUAGAACCAUUAGACAACAUGACUAAACUAUCAAGUAGGCUAGGUAGGCAUAUAACGGAAAAUAUUAUCUUUGGCCGAGUAGAGAUAUCAGGCAAGGAACGACCAUAAUCUGCUAUAAAUAAAAGACAAAAAUUAUAUUUAAAUUAAAAAUUUGAAACAAAUCGAA